UGGUCUCAGGCGGCCUCCGCUCAACGAUCCUUCCUCAAAGCAUGGUUGCUGAGUACCCAGAGUUGCGAGGAGUUUUUUAACUGGUAUUUUUCUCGUUUGUCAGGGUUAAACGUUAAGUACCAUUUGGUUUUGAGUACAGUGUUAGGUAUCGUGUGGCUGCAGGACAGGACCAGAAAUCUAAGCUCUAGAGCUGUAGCCGCUGCCCCCUCGUUUGUGCAUCCUUCAAACAAAUUUUAAGGGGCAGUUGUCAUAAAUCGGGGGAGCCUCUCGAUGGCGGGAUCCAGCGGAGACACAGAGCCAGAGAGCGCGUGGGUGGAUAUCAGGAGAGUUCUCUGGUUCAGUUGAGGAGUGGGGUGAACUCCUUUGAUCGAUGGAAGGAAAAGCAGAGUUGAAGGAUUUGAGCAUCAUCUGCAGGCCAGAGUGAAAGCGAUUUGGAAUGUGGUUGUGGAUCGGAAUAGACCUGUGCCAGAUGAAUUUCCUCAGACUGCACCCGCGGCAAAUCGGUGACCCCUCUGCUUUAGGCCGAAUUAUCUAGCCAGGUGGCAAUCAUGAGUGAAUGGAUGAAGAAAGGCCCCUUAGAAUGGCAAGAUUACAUUUACAAAGAGGUCCGAGUGACAGCCAGUGAGAAGAAUGAGUAUAAAGGAUGGGUUUUAACUACAGACCCAGUCUCUGCCAAUAUCGUCCUUGUGAACUUCCUUGAAGAUGGCAGCAUGUCUGUGACCGGAAUUAUGGGACAUGCUGUGCAGACUGUUGAAACUAUGAAUGAAGGGGACCAUAGAGUGAGGGAGAAGCUGAUGCAUUUGUUCACGUCUGGAGACUGCAAAGCAUACAGCCCAGAGGAUCUGGAAGAGAGAAAGAACAGCCUAAAGAAAUGGCUUGAGAAGAACCACAUCCCCAUCACUGAACAGGGAGAUGCUCCAAGGACUCUCUGUGUGGCUGGGGUCCUGACUAUAGACCCACCAUAUGGUCCAGAAAAUUGCAGCAGCUCUAAUGAGAUUAUUCUGUCGCGUGUUCAGGAUCUUAUUGAAGGACAUCUUACAGCUUCCCAAUGAGAGGCCAGGAAGUGUGAACAUACUGAUAGAAAAAGACUAUAUUUUAUCCCUCAUAAAAUGUUUUAAAUGUAAA